AUGGCAGCGAUAACACCUAAGACUACAGACACAGCACCUCCAAGUGCAACAAAGACUACCGCUGCCAAAUCAUUGGCCAGUAAAAAGCCGGUCACCAAUAGUAGUGAGUUUGUUCAUAAGAGGUUGGUGAAGAAGAAAGUGGAAGGUACGCCUUUGACCCAAACGCUCUGGAUUGCCGGACAUGCAACAACUAUCGCUAUGGGUCUAAUAUAUACAGUCUAUUACCUUCUCUUCCGCUCACAUGUUUCAAAGAUUUCUUUCAUUGCCUACAGGUUAGCACUUAUUGGUGUUUUUCUCUCAUAUUCAUGCACUAUUCUAUCACAAUUUGCUCAGAAGGCACUUCCAUCAUACAUUACAUUACUCGGAACGGUCAAUUUCCAGUACUUGUUACUUGCUGUUGUUUGGUUCUUCAACAGAAGCUCUCUUUUCAAGCUUGUUCCUUAUCUCAUUGUUUCUGUGAUGCAGCUAGCAACACAAUUCAAAAUUGAUGCAGUCUUGAAACUAUCUCCACAGUUAAAGAUUGCCGUCGCAUACGAUGAGUUACUUGUAUUUGUUGUCCUUACUGUUGAUACUUUGCUAAUGAGAGGUACAUCUGGUUACGCGCUUUUCCUAUACGCAGCUUUCUUCUGGUUGAGAAUCAUUGAGAGUGAAAAUACAAGAUAUUUGUUGUAUACCAUGGCUAUCAAGCUUGAUUCGACAAUGGCCAAACAGAAGAAUCCAAAGGUGGUCAGCUCAUGGAAAUCUCUAAAAAGAUUCCUUACCAUGAAGAAUGAAAGGUUCCAGAAAGAGUUCCUUAACUGA